UGCUACGGCGGCGGCGGCGCAGGGGCUGGUACGCGCUGGGCUGCGAGAGCCUCAUGGCGGAAGAAGAGAGCGACCAAGAGGCCGAACGCCUCGGAGAAGAGCUCGUGGCCAUUGUGGAGUCCCCGCCGGGCCCUGUGGGGCUUAGAGUUGCGGGCGGCCGCAACGACGGCACUGGCGGCAGCAGCUGCGGUGGCGGCGUCGUCGGGAUCAGCAGUCGGGAUUACUGCCGACGCUUCUGUCAGGUGGUUGAAGAUUAUGCUGGAAGAUGGCAGGUCCCUUUGCCACAGCUUCAAGUUCUUCAGACUGCACUUUCCUGUUUUACAUCAGCCAGUGCAUCAUUCCCAGAUGAAUGUGAGCACGUACAAUAUGUUUUGAGUAGCCUUGCCUUUCACCAUUCACUCACUCACAGCGACUUCCAGUCCUACAAGUUCCAUUUAAAGAGUUUCUUUGAGUUGCUGCUGUUCUUUGGAAGAGAUGAGUUUUAUGAAGAGCCUUUAAAGGAUAUUCUUGGAUCAUUCCAGGAAUGCCAGAAUCACCUCCGCAGAUAUGGAAAUGUGAAUCUGGAACUGGUGACUCGAAUCAUUAGAGAUGGUGGCCCAUGGGAAGAUCCAGUGUUGCAAGCUGUUCUUAAAGCCCAGCCAGCAUCUCAGGAGAUAGUGAACAAAUACUUAAGUUCUGAAAAUCCACUAUUCUUUGAACUACGUGCCAGAUACCUAAUUGCUUGUGAACGCAUACCUGAAGCAAUGGCUCUUAUUAAAUCUUGUGUAAAUCAUCCAGAAAUCAGCAAAGACUUAUAUUUCCAUCAAGCACUCUUCACAUGUCUGUUUAUGUCACCUGUAGAAGAUCAGCUAUUCCGGGAGCAUUUAUUGAAAACUGAUUGUAAGAGUGGAAUUGAUAUCAUCUGUAACACUGAAAAAGAAGGCAAGACUAUGUUAGCCUUACAACUCUGUGAAUCUUUUCUUAUUCCACAGCUCCAGAAUGGGGAUAUGUAUUAUAUCUGGGAGUUGAUUUUCAUAUGGAGUAAACUUCAACUUAAGUCUAAUCCUUCAAAACAAGUUUUUGUAGAUCAAUGCUACCAGCUUUUAAGAACAGCAACUAAUGUGAGAGUCAUAUUUCCUUUCAUGAAAAUCAUUAAAGAUGAGGUUGAAGAAGAUGGCUUACAAAUUUGUGUUGAGAUAUGUGGUUGUGCUCUACAACUAGACCUUCAUGAUGAUCCCAAAACUAAGUGUCUAAUUUAUAAAACAAUUGCACAUUUUUUGCCAAAUGAUUUGGAGAUCCUUCGGAUCUGUGCACUCUCAAUAUUUUUUCUUGAGCGCUCUUUGGAAGCUUAUCAUACUGUUGAAGAGCUUUACAAACGUCCAGAUGAGGAAUAUAAUGAAGGCACCAGUAGUGUUCAAAAUCGUGUUCGUUUUGAGUUACUUCCAAUUUUGAAAAAGGGAUUGUUUUUUGAUCCUGAAUUUUGGAACUUCGUAAUGAUUAAGAAAAACUGUGUAGCAUUACUGAGCGAUAAAUCAGCAAUCAGAUUUCUAAAUGAAAGUACACUGGAAAAUUCUGCAGGUAAUCUAAAAAAGACAGUGGAACAGAAAGGUUUAGAUGAAGGUCUUGACUCUUUUACAGAUCAGAGCACUGGAGAGCUUGAUUCUGAUGAUAUACCUGGAGUACAACCUAAAGGCCAUGUUAAUACAAAGAAAAACCUUACAGCUCUUAAUGCUUCUAAAGUAGAUCACAGUGUCCCAAGGCAUCGGUGUAUGUUAUGUAACAAGGAAUUUCUAGGUGGUCACAUCGUAAGGCAUGCCCAGGCUCAUCAGAAAAAGGGCAGUUUUUCCUGUGUAAUAUGUGGUAGGAAAUUUAGAAACAGAGGACUUAUGCAGAAGCAUUUAAAGAAUCAUGUUAAAAAAAUACAAAGACAGCAAAUUGCUGCAGCUCAACAGGAAGAUCAGGAAAUUCCUGCUUUGGAAGAAAUAAGUUGUUCCAAUUCUUUAAUUUCAUUUGAAAAUGGGAAUUCUGAUAAUAAAGAUUUGGAAGUACAGACUAUUGAUACUUUAAGUGAUGGAAACAAAGUCAUCCCUGAGCAUGCGGCUGAAUUUACUGAAAUUCCCAUAAGUGUAUCGGAAGACGUUAUUGAAAACAUUAUUGAAAAUGGCAGUCCUGAUACAUAUGUAAAUAAUGUAUUGGAGCCUUUACCUGUAUGUGAGGAUGACUAUGAGGAGGAAGAGGACGAAGAAGGUGACUAUGAAGAAGAUGAUUAUGACUUGAAUCAAGAAACUUCAGUACUUCAUAAAAUCAAUGGAACUGUGUGCCAUCCAAAAGACAUAUAUGCUACAGAUCAAGAAGGAAACUUUAAGUGCCCUGCUCUUGGCUGUGUCAGGAUAUUUAAAAGAAUUGGAUUUCUAAAUAAACAUGCAAGAACUGUACAUCCAACUGACUUAAAUGUUCGGCAAACGGUAAUGAAGUGGAGCAAAGGAAAAUGCAAAUUUUGUCAAAGGCAGUUUGAAGAUUCUCAGCAUUUUAUAGAUCACCUUAAUAGACACAGCUAUCCAAAUGUGUACUUUUGUUUGCAUUUUAAUUGCAAUGAGUCGUUUAAGCUGCCAUUACAACUUGCUCAGCACACAAAAAGUCACAGGAUAUUUCAAGCUCAGUGUAGUUUUCCAGAAUGCCAUGAGCUUUUCGAAGAUCUUCCUCUACUAUAUGAACAUGAAGCUCAGCACUAUUUAAGUAAAACACCAGAAUCAUCUGCACAACCAAGUGAAGCAAUUGCUUGGGAUGUUCUUACAGACUCAACUCCUAGUCAUCAGGAAAAAGACUCAUCUAGUAAUGAGAAACAAGCUAUUAAUCUGCCAGUUUCUACUAGCAAAUCAAGGAAAGAUUCUACAGAACCAAAGACAUGUAUAGACACUAUGGAAAAGAAGACAGACAGUUUAGUUCAGAAUGGAAAUGAACAUUCUGAUGACACUGUUUCUGAUAUAAGCUUGACAGACCAAAAGAUGCCUGACAUAGAGCCAAAUUCUGAAAAUAAUUUUAGUAUUAGUGAUUUAGUCAAUGGACAUAGUGGAAUAGAACAGACACCUUUAGUUUCAUCAGGUCCUGCUUUGAAAAUUGAUACAAAUAGAAUCAGGACAGAAAACGGUUCCAUUUUACCCAACGUAUCACAAGAACACAGUACCCUGCCAGUAUCUCAGGCACCAUCCAAACCAAAUCCGACAAGUGAACAUACUUCAUAUGGCUUAAUUUUAUCAAAGCCAUAUGUCAGACCAUUGCCUCCCAGUUACCUUGAUGAACGGUACCUUAGUAUGCCAAAACGCAGAAAAUUUCUGACUGAUAGAAUAGAUGCCUGUUCCGAUCAAGAUAACAUUUGUAAAAAAUCAGUGAAAAGAUUAAGAUGUGGCAAAUGCCUGACCACCUACUGUAAUGCAGAAGCACUUGAGGCUCACCUUGCACAAAAGAAAUGUCAGGCACUCUUUGGAUUUGAUUCAGAUGAUGAAAGUGCCUGAGAAAAAUGUUUCAGAUCUGUCGAUCAAGCAGUAGUGUGAAAAAAGCACUACAAGAAAAUGCAUCAUCAGUUUGCUAUUUCCCUGAUGGCCUUAAUUUUAGAGCGGUCUCGGAUUACUAAAGAUAAAGACGAAGCACAUUGUCUAGAAUGAACUCACAGAGAUGUGCUGGUUCAGAUUCCAAAAGGAUUAUUACAAAACUCCCAAAGUACCAGUUAUCCGGAAAACCACAUUUUUAAAAAAGUUUGUGAGAUUAAUAGCAGCAUGUUCAGUAUCGCUUAUGUGAGAAACAUGUUCAGGCAACUAGUCGGAAAGAGAAACCAGAUAUGGCCUUACAGAAGGGGAAAAGGUAACCCAUUAUUUAAAAAGGGGAGGGGUUGGUUUACAAUAAACAACUUAAGGUAUUCUACAAAUGGGUUGGUUUUCUUGUCGUUCAUAAGCAGAUUAUGACCUCCCUUCCGGUCAAACAUGGUUUAUGGAAUCACUACUAUUUGGUUUAUUAUAAUUUAGAAAUUGAUUCUGAAACUAAAACUUGAUUUAUCACCAUUCUAUCCAUAAAAGAUUGUAACUUGCUUCUAGAUGACUGAAUAGACAGGUCAGAGUUCAAUGCAUGGCAUGCCAGCAUUGAAAAUUAAAAAUUAAAAAACAACAGUUCUUUGAUAGAACCUUCCACUUUCCAUUUUUGUAAUACCAAUGAAUUAUAUUUAAAAGGCAGCAGUGUCAAUUAAAUGUAAAAGUACCAUCUGUAACUUUGGGGACAGAUGGGAAGAAUCUAAGACCAUUAAAGGCUAUCUAGUUGAAGAAAACACUGAAUUGCAAAUUCCUCAAUGUGAAUAAUGGUAUAAGCACACUGGGAUAUUUCUAUUUGUAUAUAGAGUCGUGUUAGGACAUUGCUCGAUGAUUCAUAGUAUGGUCCUUUAGACAUUAAUGUGAGUUAUCUAAGGACAGUCUUAUAAAAAUUACUGGCUGUAAAAAAUAAUGUAAGCUAAGAAUCAGAUCAAAAUUCAUUGGUUUUAUUCAUUUAGGAGAGCUUGUUAUAAAAUAAGCCAUAUUACUC